AUGGGAAGCAAGGCCCGGCGGACAUGCACAUGUGCGGUGCGAGCUCGGGACUUGGGGACCCUAGCGGAUAGAUGCAUCCGCGAGGGGAUUGUGCCAAAUAGGGGAGAGGGGGAUGGGACCCAAAAUAGUGGGACAGGGCCGGCGUUGGGGAUAGAUGCCGGUGGAUGUGUUCCUCGUCCAAACAUACUUGAUUGUCGGUGCGACCUGCAAUUGCACGGCUCGCCCAAACUCAAUUCUUUGUCGCUUCAAUCCGCCGCAACGUCGUCCCCUACUACCACCGUCAAGCGCCGUGCCGAAUCGCCGGCGGCGCGACCUUCUCCCAAGCGUUCACGCUCUGAAGAGACCGCGGACGACUCGUUCCUCGCUUUGUUGUUGCCCGACUCUAUGUCCCGCUUCCAGCCUCCCAGCCAGGACCACUGGCACCGCGACGACGAGCGCGUGACUUUGCCUCCCAUUGCUGAGGACCGCCGUGCCUCGCUCCCGGUCCCCAGUGCCAGUGGCUAUGUCUUCACCAAUACAUUCGAGUCUCCUCGCUCUCCUGCCCAAUACACCCACCGCCGCCCACCCGUCCACCACCGCACGUUCUCGUCUCCUGCCCUCCAGGCCCACAAUGUGAAUGGCCUGCGAGGAUCGAAUGCGAUUGGCCUGCAUGACGAUGCGCUCGCAUUCUCGCCUGUUCCUCCUGGUGCGAUCGACUGGCUUGGAGCUGGCCGCCAAGUUACACGCGAUGAUUCGUCCCUGUCUGACUUUGAUCCCUCGGCGUUCGGUCUCGAGUCGGGUGCCAGCACUCCCGCCUUUGCGUUCGGCCCCGGCCCAUCUCCCUUUUCUGGAUUUAGUCCCCAAUUCCACCCGCGCUCACAGGCCCCGAUUAAUAUUGCCCAAGCACUUGCCUCGUCAGCUGGGCCAUCUCCCAUGAACUCGCCUGCUCCCAACAUCCCCAUCGACCCGAGCCUCACUGUCCCCUCGCCCCCCUCUUCUCGCGAUCAACUUGAAAAUGAACUGAGCUCGGUGCGCGCCAAGAUCCGCGAACUCGAGUUUAUGAACGAUCUCCUCCAAUUGCGUGUUGUCGAGCUCGAAAGCGAAAAGAACAAGGACUCGACAGAUAAUGUCCAAUCUGACAACGCUGUCUCGCCUGAUUUCCAACGCAGCUGGGAUGCCAGAACCGAGGCUCGCAUCAAGCGAUUCUGCUCUCUUAACCGCGCCGGCAAUGCUCUCUGCGCUUGGCACGAUAGCCGCCGCGAGCGUCGCUCUUUCCCGCCCCGCAUGGCCCCUCCUGGCCACCUCAACUGCGGAUGCACAUACGAAGAGGCCCUCUUUGAAGAGUCCCUUGCCCGUCAUGGCGUAGGCUCUUAUCACCCGGGCGAGAGCGUCCGUAUGGAUCCGGCUCUACGCAACCCCUUGCUCAAGCUCCUCCAAUGGCGCUUUGGAUACAAAGAUGGUGACUUUGAGCGUGAUCCCAAAAGCGGUGUCUGGGUCGAAGGCGAGGGUGAACAUGCUUGGGAAAACAGGCCUCAUGCCACUGCCACUUCCUCCUCUCGACGACGCGAGCGUAGCAAUAACAACGCCGCCAACGCAAGCACCAGCAGCGAGUGA